GUACACCGGGGCUGGCCGCGGCUUCAGUUCCUUCACAGCUUGUACUGCUGUCUGCUGGCAAACCCGCAGAAUCUCGAUCUUUCGGCUCUGCUCAAUGUGCCGCCGAUGGAGAGCCCCUUCGCCAAGGCCAUGCAAGCUGCUUCCCAUGUGCUUGUCAUCCCGAACCACAGUGUCGGGAUCUACACGCGUUUGUGGUGCGUCUACGAGGCCUACCUAGGUGCAUGCUGGAAGAAAACUUGCAUCAUGCCAGCUCGACCGCACACCUCCACUCAGUGCGGCACCAUCAGACGAACUUUGGUGGCUCCAAUGGCAGCUGGAGUCCUGUCAGGCAUGUUUUGGUGGUUGAUAUUGUCGCAGACUGCCAUCCGAGAUGCCAUCCGAGAUGAUAACUUCAACUUGGUGGCCGCAGCAAUGCUUCUAUGCGCGACUGGAACUGCUAUUUGCUUCGUGGUGUCUAUCCUGCUGAAGUUUUGCAGGUGGUCAUGGCAGACCCACUUUAAGUUCGUGCGUAUCGGGCAUAUGCUGCUGCUGUUCGUUUGCGCGCUCUCAUUCCUUCCCUGGGUAACCUACACGCCAGUCUUGCCAUCUGCUUUCCAUUACUUCCAGCACUACUUCUUUCCUAUCGUCCUGAUCCUUUUCAACUUGCUCCGCAUCGUGCAGUUGAACCAGCACGAGCUGGAGCUAAAGGAGCUCUCCCGUCAAGCAAGCCACCUGGAAUGUGAUACUGUCGCCGAUGCGACGUGCUCGGACCCUUCUGACGAGCAGAGGAUUCGCGCAGCCAUCCUGGGAUGCGAGGACGAGAUAGAUGUGACGAUCCGCGUUCUCAUGCGCGCCGGAGCUUACAACGAUUGGCUUCGAUGGGCAUACGAAGCUGGCGUGGACAUUCGAGGUUUCGGAACCUCCGACCUCAUUGUAAAGACGGGCCUCGCCUUCACUCUGUGGGCCCUGGCGGCGCUGCAACUGGACCGGAGAUGA